GCCAGGAUCAGAUGCCAAAGGCUCUUGCCUUCUAUGUGAGCUUCCCGUAUCUCCCUCCUCCAUAUGCUACGGAUGCGUGUAUUGUUACUCGUUCGUUCACCACAAGUGCUUUGAUCUCCCGACAGAGACUCAACAUCCCGUGCAUCCAGCACAUCCUCUCCGACGCCUUAGUUACCAACGAACAUGUCAUGUUCAAAGACGUUCUUCCGAAAUGCAAUAUUGACCUCCAUCUAAGGUGUGCAGAUUCCUUGUUACGAGGUCUGAUACACAGGUCUCAUAAGCACAAGUCUCUCGUCAAGAAAUCUUUUCACACUCAUCCACUAGUGUGCAAAAUAUUCUUAGGCAAUGACGGGUCUUUUGAGUAUUGUGGCGUGUGCGAGACAAUGGUACAUGCGGGACAUCAUGCUUACUCUUGCGAAGAAUGUGAUUUUCUUGGUCACAUUGGAUGCACUCUACGCGAGGAAGAGCCAUCGCCUUUGUACUUGAAAAUUUUAUAUUUAUGUGGUAAAGACGUCACAAGAGCAACUAACCAGAAGACGGUGAAGCGAACAUAUUGGAAACCAAACUUAUGGUGUCCAGCCGUCCCUAACUUUUUCCAUAUAGCAGUGCAUAUUCAUGUGAUGAGACCGAUCCACAUGGGGGAGCUCGGCGAAAAAGAAGAUUGCAACAUUUGUAAAGAUCAAAUACUUGGUAACCCAUACACAUCAUUCGUGUGCAGAGCUCGGGUAACCAUAAAAAAAUCGGCUUCUUCACUGGGAACACCCUUUAACACUCCUGCCUUCGCCACCUACACAGGAGUCAAUGCACUGGAAAAAAGUCACCGGAUAAUGGAGAGGAAAUUAUUGCAUCAAUCGCAAGCACGAGAUAGUUCAGGUUAUCGUAUCGAGGUCCUCUAUGGAAAAGCUCUAUCAUGCAUGUCUUGUGAAGAGAUAUAUCAUUCUCGCUGUCUUGAACUCUGGAGAGGGCCAGUGUUUGAUCAUCCACUUCAUCCGAAUCACUUACUUGCAAUGAGAGUUACAAGUGGUGCCAACUGCAUUGCCUGCAAGAUGAAUAUUCCAAAGCAUGGAUAUAGUUGUUACGUUUGCAAUAUGAGUUUCCACAUCGAAUGCAUCAAAGCUGUGAUUAUAUCAACAAAGAUCAAGUCUCACGUCCACUAUAUUUAUAAUUUUUGGAUGCAAGACUUACGGUUGACACAAGCCUGCAGUGUUUGUGCUAAACCAUGUGGAGUUUCCUUCUACGGUUGUGUUGAUUGUAACUUUAACGCCCAUGUAGAGUGUGUUGGGGUUGCAACCAUUGUGAGGAGCCAGCAACAUCAACAUUCUGUCGUGCAAAAGCAUAUUUAUGACAAGAAAAUUUGUUCUCUCUGUGGAUCAGAAUGCUCUGGUUAUAUUUAUCGCUGCAAGCACUGCCACGACUGGUUUCAUAUAAAAUGCUUAAUGCCUAUGGAUGACCGUAAAGCAGCAACAGAAGAAGAACAACUAUGUCACAUAUAUCUUACGUACCUUGAGCGGGAUCUCUUAGACCUUUUGAAG